CUCAUAAUCUGAUAUUCCUUAUUUAGUUGUAGACCCCUCCGAAAAUCCUCCAAAAUACUCUUCUCGCUCUCUCUCUCUCUCUCUCUGUCUUUCUCUUUCUGUCCUUCUCUCUCCUCUUCCUUUCUCUUUCUCAUUUGGAAGGACGAUUCGAUCUCAAGAUAGAUAUUCAAAGAAUUCCUUAGAUGUCUGCAGAGAAAGUGCAUGUCGAGCACUGUAAAGGUGUCAAUGGCCUCGACAAGGUCAUUUUAAGGGAGAUUCGCGGUUGCUCUGCUGAGGUGUAUCUGUAUGGAGGUCAAGUCACUUCUUGGAAGAAUGAACAUGGAGAAGAGCUGCUUUUCCUUAGUAGUAAGACUACGUUUAAGCCUCCUAAGGCAAUUCGUGGAGGUAUACCAAUCUGUUUUCCUCAAUUUGGAAAUAAUGGUUCUCUUGAGCAACAUGGAUUUGCAAGGAAUCGAUUGUGGAGUGUUGAUCCCGAUCCCCCACCAUUUCCAUCAAAUACUUCUCACAGGGCCUUCAUUGACUUAAUCCUCAGGCCUUCUGAAGAAGAUGUGAAGAUCUGGCCUCACAGGUAUGAGUGUCGGUUAAGGGUAGCUCUGGGACCUGGAGGUGAUUUGAUGUUGACAUCCCGCAUUCGAAAUACAAACACUGAUGGAAAGCCGUUUACAUUUACAUUUGCCUAUCACACCUACUUCUUCGUCACUGAUAUCAGUGAAGUGCGAGUGGAAGGCCUAGAGACACUGGAUUAUUUGGAUAACCUGAAGAACAAAGAGCGAUUCACUGAACAAGGGGAUGCAAUAACGUUUGAGUCAGAAGUGGAUAAAGUAUAUCUUAGUACACCUACAAAAAUUGCCAUCCUGGACCAUGAAAGGAAACGUACGUUUGUGUUGCGAAAGGAUGGACUUCCAGAUGCUGUUGUGUGGAAUCCCUGGGAUAAGAAAGCAAAGGCAAUGCCUGAUUUCGGUGAUGAUGAGUAUAAACAUAUGCUAUGCGUAGAGGCUGCUUGUGUGGAGAAGCCAAUCACCUUGAAACCUGGUGAAGAGUGGAGAGGACGGCAGGAGCUCUCGGCUGUUCCUUCCAGUUACUGUAGCGGACAACUCGACCCGCGGAGAGUAUUCAGUAGUGGUUGAAUGUUGGCUUUUUCUUGGGCAUAUCUUUGUACAGUUUAAAGACAGCAAUCAGAUUUGCACAGCCGAUUGGGCCUCAAACUAUUGGCUCCACAAUAGGUGCUAGCCAAAGCAUUUUAAUUGCAAAAAUUGUCUAUGGUGCCGAAAAUUUCAUAUAAAGGGUAUGGUAAUUUUGCAAA